CUCGUUGGCGUCAGCCUUUUAGCAUCACACGCGAUACGACAUUGGGGCCAGAGACUAAACUCAUGGAGAGAGACAAGUCCCGCCACUCUAUCCCGCAUUGAGCUCAGACAAACAGUUCAGUCAUAAGCGCGACGUCGUACCGCACGGACGUGUCCAAUCCCGCCAAGUUCGAGGGCUUUGGAAUUCUUAUUUUUUUUUUUUCCCGUUCGUUUUUAUUGAUUAUUAUCAUUUACAAAGUGCUACGACAAGAUUUAAAGUGAAAAGUUCAACGAUUUAUUAGAGGAGAGUUGGAGUCAUCUGGGAUUCCAGUUCACUGUUCGACUUGUGACCAAGUUCUUCUCCUGGUUUACUUUUACCGAUUACUUGGAGAGGAGAUUUUUUUUUUUUUCUUUUUUCUUUGAUUCUCUUGUGGAUUUACGGAUCAGACUAUUUUUUUCUCGCUCGCCGACGAUAAAAGGGGUUCAAAGUGGAUCUCGGUAACGGCGCAACAUUGCGCUCGGAGAAAAAUUUAACGAUUGAUGUUCUGAGAAGACAAAUUAUGGUGGCAGAGUUUAUUGCCCGCCAGAGUGGAUCGCCCAUAAACGGUGAAACCGCCUGUUUGAACGGCACCAUGCCAGCGAGUCACACGAUGGCCCACCCGGGUCAUGGUCCUCAUGGUGGUCACGAUGGUCACGGUCCCCUACCAAUGAGCCACCAGAGCCACCAGGGCCAUCACACUCAGCACCAGCCAAGCCAGCAGCAGUUGCAGCACCAGAGCCAGUCACAGGGUCCCCAGCAGUCACAGCCCCACCAUCACCAUCAGGGUCAAGGCCAACAGCAGGGAUCACAGCAGAUGCAUCACGAUUCGCAGGUGACACAUCCCGAAAAUUACCCCCCAAACUUUGACAUAAGGAAGGAACUUUUCUCACAGCGCAAGCAGCGCGAAUUUAUUCCCGACAACAAGAAGGAUGACAGCUACUGGGACAGACGUAGACGCAACAACGAGGCUGCCAAGAGAUCGAGGGAGAAGAGGCGUUUCAACGACAUGGUACUGGAGCAGAGGGUGAUGGAGCUCAGCAAGGAGAAUCACAUACUGAAGGCCCAGCUCGACGCUAUCAGAGACAAAUUUGGCAUCUGCGGUGAUCAAGUGAUAAGUGCUGAGCAUGUACUGGCAGCCCUUCCAUCCGAGCCAACGAUGAGUGUCAAGAGGGCCAAAUUGCCACCAUCAGCAGCCCUCCUCUAUGCAAGAACACCGAGUCCAGUUCACACGUCGGUGAUACAUCAGCCGGUGAGUGGGGCAAGAUCACCGAGAUCACCAGCCCAAUUGUACGUACCAGAGACGAGUGCCUAUCCAGAGACUGAGAGCUUCCAGUAUCCCUAUCCCCAUCCUGCAAUGCACUUUGAUACCACCAGUGCCCUCAAUUUGUCGAGGGGCAGACGAGCCCAGUCCCCCUUUGAAUUGUCCUCAGGAAGUGGUGACGAGAGUACGCAGAUUGUCGCAGCCCAGAGUGCAUCAGCUGGCAACUGUCUACCUCACAAACUCAGGCAUAAGUCGAGAAUUGGUGACAAAGAUGCUGCCAGUGCUCUACUGGCUCUUCAGGGUAUCAAGCAGGAGCCUGGACCCAGAGCGUCACCACCCUGGGACAAUGAGGGCUCCAGCGACGAGAGGGACUCUGGUAUUUCACUCGGGGCUGAGUGGAAUCCAUCGACAAAUGUAACAGCUGUUCCUGAGACUGAACGAGAGGUCAAGUCCAGACUUGACAGACUUGCCUCUGAGGUUGCAUCAUUACAGUCUAUUCUUCGUCUUGGUAAAACUGGCGAUCCACUUCCUGGACAGAUCAAUCACCAGGGCAACACAAUCAGCAUCACAAGCAGCACCGGGGCUGGCUCUGGGCUACAAUGAAGCUGAUGGAUAUCCAAUGGAUUUACUUCUUUAAGUUUAUCGUCGUGCCAAGACUCAACCUUGGGGUUUUACUCGAUAAUGUACCGUUCAAUGGCUGUCAAGUCGUGGCGAUUGCGCCUUCGUGAGAAUAAUUUUAGAUAUAAUUAUUUCGACGAGCUCUCGAGUGCACUCUCGUUCAUUCGUAUGUCUAAGGAGCUAGGAUUUAUUCUUUAUUACCUAUUGUUUCGAUUAUACCCUCCAUUUCUAUCGUGUAGGUACUAUUAUAUUAUUGUGUUAUUAAUGUUUAGAGAAAAUUAAUCGAGUUUUGCGAGGUGUUGGUGUGACGUAUCGCGCAACCGGCUAUACACUACCAUCAGAAUUUUAUUCACAGCGAGGGGGUUGAUUCAAUAUUUUCCUAUCACUCGCUACAACCAAAUUAUUGACCUUAGGUUUUUCGCUAAGAACGAGACAAAUCUCAUUGAGUUAUUUUCCCACUUUUUUUUUUUUUUCAUUUCUCGUGCGUUUUGUAAAUAUUUUGAUGCCCACAGUGCUAGUUCGAUGCAUGAUUAUUCGAAGGUGAAGCCACUUAAUGGUUCGAGCGAGUGUAAUUGUUUCUUUCUCUAUUUUCUUUUUCCUUUUUUUUUGGUAAGGAAAACAAGGCCCGUAAUCAACAGAAUUUUGUAUAAAGUAUUAAACGGAGCCCUGUGAGUAUAUGUAAUAUUUAUAUUUGUACACGAGAUGAAUAUCUAAUUAUUAAGGAAGGAAGACGUCCCUAAGAUAUCCCCACAUAUUUGUAAAUUGUUCAUUGAAUUCGGCAGUGAAGAGAUAGAAGGAAAUAAGUCUACUUGUUCCAUAGCCGAUUUUUUGCGGAAUAUUUCUGAAACUGAGGGAAAUGUCAUUUUUCUCCGAUUCUCUCUUCUAGAGCAAAAUGAGAACGCGAAAAUUUCGCGAUCUCUCGUAGAUUCAGAUAUAUUUCUCGAAAACUUCGCUAUUAGUUCUAUCUCUUUUCUACUGAAUCAUUCAAAUCGUUUUCGAUAUUUCAUCGCACAUUAUUGGAAUUACGAUUGAAUGUCUUUAUCGACGAUUUUUCGUGGCAGGAAAUUGGAAAAUUGAGAUUUAUUUAACAUAGAAUUCCCCCACGAGAAAUCGUCAGCUGUAUUAUAAAAGAAUCAGUAAAACGUACUAAAUUAGUCUAUAAACGGGAAUCGUACAUGCGGAAUUCUAUGGAGAAUAGUAUACACCAAUCUACGUAAUAUUAUUAUUAAGAAUUCCCAAUCCCCACCCCUUAACCCUCCUCUCCUUGCCCUGAGACGAAUUAUUUAUUAUAAUUAACAAAUUGUAAGUAGGAGAGUAUCGACGGCUUCUUGUCCAUUUUUAAGAUAGAAUGGAGGGCGCUUUGAAUGCGAACAUUGUGGUCUUGAUGCAGAAAAAAAAAAA